CACUUGCAUACCACUAGGGCUGUAUGGUUAACACGAGGUCUUCGUUCUGUCAACCGACCUCUUCCGUAUGCUAUUACAUACAUAUCUAUCGCAAGCUCUUCGGCCGAGUCUACUGUAAAAGUAAUGAUCCACUCUUUUUCCAGCGCAGACUGGCCCUGUAAAUGUCCCGCUGACUUAACCAUGCUGGAUAUGUACUCAAAACAAAAAUUAUGUAAGUUAACCUUGCCGAGGGCGAGGUAAAAUGUCUCGUUCACACUGAGGCAAACUGUUGCGAACUCACAUUCUCUUCUAGAAAGCAUGAGACUCGAUUCUCGUGUCAGAACUCCAGAAUACAUCUCGAUAUCUUGCCAGGUACUGCUAUUCCCACCGGCAUACGCUUGAUCAAACGAAACAGCGCACCGAACUAGCUUCUCCACUAGAACAACCAUACUUCACAUUCAAUUAUCAGAUCUGUGCUGGAUAAGCUGUCCAGAAUGGGGGUUGUGGUGGUGCCCGCGCUCAUCCCUGAUGUUGAGAAGGUCUAUGACUGCUAUUUUGAUGCCUUCAAACAAGAGCCUAUGGCAGCUAUUAUGCUAGACAUACUCUUUCCAGGGGGUGUCACGGAAGAGUUUCGCAAAGAGCAUACCAAAGCCACCUUAGAUUGGUGGCACAAGAGUACCACACAGUACACCUGGAAGGUCUUGGAUACUGAGAAAAACGAGAUCAUAGGUAUGAUUCUGGCCGACGGGUUUGUCAGUGAACGAACCGAAGACGAGCGCAAGUAUACUGGGUUGCCAUGGCUAGAAGGCCGGGAACGAGAACGUGCUGAGGCAGUUGUUCGACCUUUGUGGGAAAUGAGAGAAAAACUCUGGGGUGGUCGCCCGUAUGUGUAUGUCCACGCAAUUGCAAUCAAACCUGAGCACCAAGGCCUUAAAGCUGGCAUGGCCUUGAUUCUGUGGGGUGUGGACCUGGCCGACCGCGCCGAUUUGCCUGUGUACAUUGAAGCGUCGCCAUCAACAUGGACAUUGUACGAAAGAGUAGGCUUCGAGCGCAUCAACGAAAAGCUAGUGCACAAGAAGGAGAUUCUGGGCACGGAUGAAGAUGUUGAGGUGCCGCUCAUGGUGAGGAUGCCUGCAGCGGCCAACGGAAUGACUUUUGAUGAAUGGCGAGCAAACGGAUACCCGCCAUUUGAAGAGUGAAAAGCGACAAAGCAUAGAGUAAUUGGUGAAUCUGGUGCAAAGGUCUAUAGUCUUUAUUGCAUGCGUUCAGGCAGUAACACUUUGACCUCGUCAGUUGCCAGGAAAUCCUUCAAGAUCGUCACGAUGGUCUCCGUGGCAGUAACCCAUUUUUCCAUCGCCUGAACUGCCAGUUCCGGGUCGGUUCCCUUUCCACUUAACCGAAUAUACAGAUCUUUGCGUCGAGGCGCUGCGCUCAUUGCUGCUCGAAAAAUGGGUCUGAUUACGACUGUAUGAUACGGGGAUAGCGUGACCUUGUAGCUGUCUCGGAAAGACUCUCUCAAGUCCAUUUUUGGCAUC